AGUGCUGCUGAGAUCAUGUCCGUGCUGUUGUUCUACAUCAUGAGGUAUAAACAGAUGGACGCAGAGAACCCGAACAAUGACAGAUCCAGCUACCGCGUGUUCUGCCUCAUUGGAGAGUGCGAGUCCUCGGAAGGCUCCUUCUGGGAGGCCAUGGCCUUUGCUUCCCACUACAGUCUGGACAAUCUCGUGGCCAUCUUUGACGUGAAUCGCCUGUGCCACAGCACCCUGCCCCUCGAGCACUGCAUGGACCUCUUUCAGAAGCGCUGUGCAGCCUUUAGGUGGAGUACUUUCGUGGUGGAUGGCCGCGAUGUGGAGGCACUGUGCCAGGUGUUCCAGCAGGCGGCUCAAGUGAAGCGCAAGCCCAGUGCUGUAGUUGCCAAGACCUUCAGGGGCCACGGCAUGCCACAUGUUGAGGAUGCAGAAAAUUGGCGUGAAAGGCCAAUGCCAAAAGAAAGAGUGGAUCCAAUCAUCAAACUAAUUGAGAGCCAGAUACAGACCAAGAAGAAGCUUGACCCAAAACCCCCUGUUGAAGACUCGCCUCAAAUCAACAUCACAGAAGAAAUGACCUCUCCACCUCCUUACAAAGUUGGUGACACGAUAGCUACUCGGAAAGCAUGUGGUUUGGCUCUGGCUAAGCUGGGCCAUGCAAAUGACAGAGUCGUUUUGCUGGACGGUGACAGCAAGAACUCCACCUUCUCUGAGAUAUUCAAGAAGCAACACCCUGAGCGCUUCAUUGAGUGUUCUGUUGCUGAGCAAAAACAUGUGAGCGUGGCACUGGGGUGCGCCACCCGUGGUCAGACGGUCACUUUUGUUUGCACCUUCGCUGCCUUUUUGACCCGAGCAUUUGAUCAGAUCCGGAUGGGGGCCAUGUCUCAAACCAGCAUCAACCUUAUUGGGUCCCACUGCGGGGUAUCCAUAGGUGAAGACGGCCCCUCCCAGAUGGCCCUGGAGGAUCUGGCCAUGUUCCGAGUGGUUCCGAACUGCACUGUUUUCUAUCCAAGCAAUGCCAUCUCCACGGAGCGUGCUGUGUUCCUGGCGGCCAAUACCAAGGGGAUGUGCUACAUUCGGAUCAGUUGGCCAGAAACUGCAGUUAUUUACGACCCACAGGAAACCUUUUGAGAUUGGACGGGCCAAGGUAAGGUCAUCCGCAACAGCGUCAGCGACAGGCUCACAGUUGUUGGAGCUGGAGUGACUUUGCAUGAAGCCUUAGCAGCCGCCGAUGAUCUUUCUAAGCAAGAUAUUUCUAUCUGCGUCAUCAACCUGUUUACUGUUAAACCCCUGGAUGCAGCCACCAUCAUCUCCAACGCAAAAGCCACAGGUGGCCACAUUAUCACAGUGGAGGAUCACUCUCCAGAAGGUGUGUGCAGGCCUUGGGGACCACUUUGAAAGUCUGCUUUGGUGCAGUGUGGUUUUGUUUUCCUUGACCAGAGGCGCGCCAUGAUCGUGGGCAGCGCCUCCAGCCAGCCGCUCACC